AAGACAGAAAAGCCCAUAUCAAAAAAAUAACCCGUGAGCUUCGUACUCCAAAAGGUGGUAUAUUCACUUCCAUUUUCUGCCUUAUAUUGACUGCUUCAAUAUCACAAGUUAUUCGUAUAUUUCUUGUAUCUAAAUUGAGAUUCAAGAAAAAAAAAGAGUUCUUCACAUCUAAGAUAGCAGUUUGUGUAUAGGUUUGGUAACUGGUCGGUGAUAAAAAAAAUUUCCUUAUAUGUUUAUAGAAUCUAGGAAAUUCAUGGUUUUCCUUUCGCAGAUUCAUUCAAUUCAAGAUUACAAAUUGUUGAUCAAAGAAGGCAGCUUUAUAAGUUGAGAUUGCAUUAGUCUGUAGAAAAAUUAUAUAUAUAUAUAUUGAGAGAGAGAGAGAGAGAGUGUGUGUGUGGAAAUUGGAAUGAGAGUGAAAUGGAUUUCUGGCCGGAAUUUCUUGCAAACAGUUGGGGGAGAGAAUUUGUGGCCGGUGGAUUCGGUGGCACCGCCGGAAUCAUCGCCGGCUAUCCGCUCGAUACGCUCAGAAUCCGGCAGCAGAGCUCCAGCAAAGGGACGGCGGCUCAAAUAUUCCGGCGCCUGGUGGCUGCGGAGGGCCCCUUUUCCCUCUACCGCGGCAUGGCCGCUCCUUUGGCUUCUGUAACUUUCCAGAAUGCUAUAGCUUUCCAAACAUAUGCAAUCCUUUCAAGAGCAGUAGAUGGGCACUGUAGUACCUCCAAUGAUCCACCCUCAUACAGAGGAGUCGCUCUCGGCGGCUUCGGCACGGGCACCAUCCAGAGCCUCGUCCUCAGCCCGGUCGAGCUGGUCAAGAUCCGUCUCCAGCUGCUCCGCAGCCCCACCGGCCCACGGGACGUGGCCCGGGGCAUACUCCGAGCGGAAGGCUUCCGGGGCCUGUACCGGGGCCUGACCAUCACGGUACUGAGGGACGCCCCGGCCCACGGGGUCUACUUCUCGACGUACGAGUACACGAGGGAGUGGCUCCACCCGGGCUGCAGGAAGGGCGGGUGCGAGUCGUUUGGGACAAUGCUGCUCGCGGGAGGGCUGGCGGGCGUGGCUAGCUGGAUCUGCUGCUACCCGUUGGACGUGGUGAAGACGCGGCUGCAGGCACAGUCGAGAUCGACGGAGAGAUAUGGUGGGAUAGUGGAUUGCUUCAGGCAGAGUGUGAGGGAGGAAGGGUAUCAUGUGUUGUGGAGAGGUUUGGGGACUGCGGUUUUGAGGGCCUUUAUUGUGAAUGGGGCUAUCUUUACUGCUUAUGAGACGGCGCUAAGGUGCUUUUUCCGGGCCAACGAUAGUCCGGCCACCAUUUAGGCCGGAGACGCCCGGCCCUUAGGUGCUUUUUCAGGGCAACGCCGGUGGUGCUGCUUGUGGUAGAAAGGGGAAAUUCUUGGAAUUGGAUUUAGUUUACUCUGGUUUUUAAUCUAUUGCUAUUAUCAAAUGUACUUAUAUAUCUUGUGAAGUUAGUUUCUUUUGUGUGUUUGAAUACUGAUGUAACUGAAAAAAUGAGUUCCCAACUGUUAAACUAGUUCACAGCAAAUUGUCUAUUAACAAGGCUAUGUUUAUACUUUUGA